AUGAUGUUGGACUCCCAUAAUCCUACGUAUGGAUUGGGAAGUCAUAUCACGGGAAAGUGUGUGAUAGCACUGGACGGAAGACUCGAUUUAUCACAGUCAAGUGAUAUCGAAAGGGGAAUAUCAUCGAGUUUUAUAGGAAAGUACGGAUCAAUUAAAUACUGGAUUGAAGCGGAAAUACAAAGGCCCUUGUUCACUGUGAAUAAUAAGAUUAAGACAAAACUUAAUGUGGAUGUACCACUUGUUUGCAACGACCUAAUGUUGCCGCUGAAAUUAAGUGCACGAAAAAACGCGCAUAUUAUCCAGGUGCCCAUUCCGAUUGUGUUGGAUUCACACAAUCAGACUUAUGGGUUAGGAAGUGAUGUGAAGGGAAAAUGUGUGAUAGCACUGGAUGGGGAACUCGGUUUAUCACAGUGGAAUAGCAUCGAGUUGUUAUGGGAUGUAUGGGUCAAUUGA